AUGUCACUGAAAGCUGAGAGCAUUCGUGUGAGCUGUGCUGAAGCGUUCAGCAAAAUGGUCUUCCAGUCUGUGUGUUUGGUCUUCCCAAAUUACAGGAGAGACCAAAUUGUGCUGGCUAUUGUAUUGCUCUGUGAAGAUAAUUCCCUGAUGAUCCCUUCUCGCAUAGGUAUCGGCACAAUUGGCUAUAAAAGGUUCCAGUUGAUUAUGGCGAGGCAGAUGAGAGAGGAGGAGAAAGGAACGUACGAAGAAGCUUUGGCAGAAAUAUUUCGUCUUUUUGAUCGCCAUGCUGACGGCUUCAUCGAUUGUUCUGAGCUGCAUAUUGCCAUCAUGGCUGCUGGGGAGCAUGUUACAGAGGAGGAAGUUCAUGAACUCAUCAGGGAGUGGGACAAGAACAGUGAUGGCAAACUUGACUUUGAUGAAUGGACGAAGUUGUUGGAGAAUGUCCAAUAA